AUGUCAGUGGAUUGGGAAGUAGAGCAAACCCCGUUUGUACCGGGCGCUCCCGCGGCUGCUGGAGACAAAGCAGCUGCGCCAGGUGCCCCACCAGCAGCACCUGUUGCCGCCACAGGAGCUGCAGCCGGCGCAGGGGCGGCGAAUCCUGCCGCGCCGACAGAUCAACGCAAUAAUGAGCAGGCCUCGCGAUCCAUCACUGCUGCGGGUAUCUUACGGAGUGACAAAGCAAUGGUCGUAGCAAUGUCUUACAAACCAGUCGGGAAAGAGCCGGCGGCACAUAAUGUUCAACUGCUGUUUGAGAACGAUGAAGAUGAUGGGCCCCUGCCAGAAACCGGCGAGAUCUCUGGUAUUGGAGCGUUGGACUCGAAUGGUGCUGGGGCAGCAUCAGACCCAUACGAUCGCAGACCGCCCGGAGAAGCGGGAAAUGCAAAGGCGAACGAAGUAACUGGAGUAUCGGGGCCCGGAGCUGGGACAGGAAAAGGUGGAGCAGAACCAGCGGCACAAGCCGCACCUUCAGCCGUCAAGAAGACCGUAGGAUUCGGAACACGAGAUAGGAAAGCCGCUGCACCUGCACCGGCAGUCACGACCCCAGGUUCAAGUCCUGCAACGCGAGAACCAGGACAACUCCGAACCGGUCUGAAAUCGCACAACUACGAAUAUCUAGUCAUCUACGUCCACUUCCUGCAUCGCCUUGCCAAGCGCCUCAAAUCCAAAGGUUUCAAAAUUGUGGUGGAACCCAUGGCCAUCAGCGAAGUGAAGAUGUGCAUUGCCCUCGACCCAAACGGGAUGGAGGUUCGCUUAAUGGAGUUGUCAGAUUCUCAGCUCAACGUACCUACCACCAGGAAACAGUGGUUUGCUAGGCUGGCGUACUACACAUUGCCGACACCGCAGGCGGACUUCGCUGUGAGAUGGUACGAGAUGCUGUUAGCGACGCAGCGGACCAGGACCGCCCAUGGACAGCGGAUUACGACGUUAGAUCUGGCCACUCAGAGGGGCCCGGGGACGCGGUCGAGGGGUACAGAUGGGACGUCAGUGCCAGCCACGCCUGCAGGGUUGGGAUUUGGCGGAUUCGGUGGAUCCGGUGGGGAUUCAGGGAGUGGCGGUUCGCCUCUGAGUACGCCUGCCGCUGGCGCACGGAAAAAGGCUGGCGCAGCGGCCACUGUGCGGCAAGCCAUCACGCAAGGGCAAGGCUUUCGGCUGGUUGAUACGGAAGAGUUCGUCGUGGGGCUUUCCCGGUCAGUGUACUACUGGCUCGGAAAUGAUCUCCGGUCAGCGAGUUGUUCGAUAUGCUUCACAGAACAUGCGGAUUUCGGCGGCGCCGCUCCCGCACCUGCUUCCACCGGUUUUGGAAGCAGUGGGAUGCUAAGCUCGAGCGGAAUGGGGAGUUUACCUAUGACUGCGCGCUCAGAUGCCAUGGCAGAUGCGAGUCGGAAUGCAGCUGUGUCAAUCUUUGCAGCACGAAGUGGGUCCAAACUCCUUGGCUUUGGGUUCGAGGUGCCGAACCUCGAUGCAGCCAUCAAUCAGCUCCGGUACGAAUUCAAGGAGGAGAUCGAGUGGGGCAAAGAUCGACUAAAACUGGCAGGAGUAGGGACAUUGGCACGAGUAUACGACAAAGUCAACCAAGUCUGGAUCGAGCUGUUUGCCCAAAAGGGAAGCGACCGGGAUGCAAAUGCGCAAAGAGGCGGGGCCACAGGAAUGGGCGGCGGAGGCCAUGCAUUGCAAGGUGCUGACGGCACGACAGGCGGAGCGGCAGGAGCGGAUAAGGCUGGCGGGCACGCAAGUCUACCCAAAGUGGAAUACGCCAUUGAUUUCAACCAUUUAGGAGGGCACGCGCGGACAUUAUCGGCUGGAGCGGUGAACAGAGUGCGCAGACCAGAAGACAUGAACAUCUCCGUUCCCAAGGCAGCCGGCGAGGAACCCGUUCCCGAUGCGGCAGCGACCGCAGCUGGAGCGACCGACUUGCGGGGUAGAUCCACGUCCAUCGUUUCGGAUGUCAGUGAUGGGUCCAUUGGGUCCUCGCAUUCGAUGCAUAUCGUCGGCAGGAGUUCCGAGGAUGUACGGCCGCAUCCUCCAGGUGGGAGACCACCCGCUAAGGCCACUACGCCUCGUAAUGCCAAAGCUGCGAGAGAGGCAAAGGAAGCGAAAGCGGCGAAGGAACAACGAUAUGCUUUCUUGAAUAGGGCGAAAAGCAUGUCGGCAACAUGGUGA